CCGGAAGCGUGUGAUCAAGGAGCUGCGGCUAGCAGCGGCUAACAGCUCCGAACAGACAGACAGUGUUGUCUGUGGAUGGAAGUGUGGAGCUCUGCGAUGGGACCAGAGAGAGUCUUACCGAACUCUGAGGAUGAGCUGGGGGAGGACGAGCGUCCGGCCGACGGAGCCCUGCUGCCGGUGUGGAGCGGGGGGGAGGGAGGGGCUGAGGAGGAGGAGGCAGGAGAGAUGGAGCUGAACGGAGAGGAGGAGGAGGAGGAGGAGGAGGAGGAGGUGAACAGUGGAGGAUAUUACUACCAGCCUCUGAACCAGGAGCCCGACGGGGUGACCGGCAGCGAGCAGCCGGGGGAGGAGAGGGGGGAGGAGGCCCCUUCCCACACUGAGCAGCUGCAACAGGUGCAGCACAGGAUAGAGGUGAUGGGUCUCCACCUCCCUGAAGCUCCUCCUCCAGACAGCGAUGAAGAGGAGGACCCCGAGGGGGCGGCGGCCCAGAGGAGCCGAGCCUCCAUCCCCAUGGACGCAGACCACGUGGAGCUCGUGAAGAGGACGAUGGCGGCCGUGGCGCUGCCGUCUUUUGGCGUGCCGUCGUGGGCCAGAGAGAUCUCAGAUGACCAGUGGAAGGACAUGGUCCAGAACACCCUGCAGAGCCGGCAGAGUGCCGCCGCCCUGCGCCUCGGCCGUAGGAACAACAUCAACGGACCCUGAACGCACCGCGACCACAGACUGUAACAUCAGCUGACCCUGAACGCACCACGACCACUUCAGGGACACUGACAGAGGUUUUGGCAGUGACAGGAGGAAGGUGACGUUAUAAAUAAACGAUGAACAGCUGACAGUCUCCAUGAACCAGCGGAUCGCUCGUUUAAUUUAGUUUCGUUAAAAACAAACCUGAAGCUGCUGAAACUGAAUGUUGUUGAAUCUCACACUGAUCAUUUCCUCCCUCAGUUCAGUCUGUCAGGGGAGUUUAUUUCGAACCUGAUUCCAGUAAAUGAAGGACUUAUUAUCAGAAGUUCAUUCAACAAAUCUGUUCGAUUAUUGAUUAUUUCUCUUCACCUUCAGCUUUAAAAAUGAUUCACUGGAGUCAAAGAAUCCCUUUUAUAAAUCCUAAAACAGUUCGAGCUCCUUUUGUUGAACAAAUAUCAGAAUCAGCUUUAAAAAGUCAACGUGUAGAAAGUUUGACUGCAGCGUCUCAGAAACACACCACAGAUUCAGGUCAGUUCAGGGUCCAGUGUGGAGGAUUCAGGAGGAUUCAGGAUCUACUGGCACAACUAGAAUAUUCCCAGUUCUGGUUUCAGAACUCGUUAAUAAAGAUUAAUAAAGUAUAUCUGAUCUGAUCUGAUCUUCAGUAGUGAGUACAUGUAGUUCUUUAACAUUCAGUUUCAAGCUGUUGCCUUCAGUGUCAGAGGGUCUCUGAUCUGGACUGAGUGAAACCACCUGGGUUCUGGUUCAGUGUUCGGCUAACAUAGACCUGCAGCUCAGGUUCUGUCUGUCAGACCAGGACUGCAGCUGGACACUGUUAACAUUCGCUGUUAGGGUCGUGUUUUCCCAGCAGGAACGAAAAACUUAAGCACAGUGAUAUCACAGACAGGAAACGGAUGAAGUUAGCUUAUCCGGCGAGUGUUUACUGCUCAGAAUGUUGCCAUAACUUACAACAGGAUCAAGUUAACAUUAACUGGAGAGCUAACAUGUUUUUGCUAAGUAAACAUGUCUAAACCACAUUCUGUCAGUUCAAAGAUAGCUGCUUAAAUCAUUCUGAGAUGCUAACAUUAGCUCACUGAAGGUAGCUAGCUGACUGACUCAUGCUAUCAGGUGAUACAAUAUCAACAGAUCUCUAGAAUGAUGUUACUAUUAUUGCUCAACCAAAUGAGCUCACACUUGCUAAUAUUAGCGAACAUUAGCGAGAGCAAACAUUUUACUCAGUUGGUUUAAAGAUGUACUGCCCACACUGUUAGCAAGCAUUAGUUAGCUGAUUUUAGGUUAACUGACAUUAGUGAGCUCUUAGCAUCAAUCUCCAAGUGCCAAAAACUGCAGUUCCUGGAAUGAACACUUGAGGCUAGCUACGAAUGUGAGUAUGUUCCCAUAGACCACCAUAUUAAAACGUCCAACUUUACAGCAGAAAUAAACAAGUCUACAGCCUGGUACAACAAACUGUUUUGGUCUCUUUUGCUAAUUUUUCUCACUCAUGACAAUUGUACAGAGGUGAAUUUUUCUCACUAAAUUAAAUUAUAUUAAGGCAUAAAGUUAUGUAUAAUUAUGGGUGUGGCUGCUCUUAGUGACAGCUAGCCACAAGGUUUCAUCAACCAGGCUUCUUUGGCCGAAUCAGCUUCACCUCUUAUAUUUGGAUUAGCUAACAUGAUCACAAAAGCAGUAGUAAAAUCAUGACAAGAAAACAAUACGAAGUAAAGCACUGCUUCCUGUUGUAGUGCAUUUACAAAAUAAUGUUAGCAGACAUGCUAAUGAGAUCUAAAAGUUUGCUCAGCUGAUGUUUUCAAAUUGUAUUUUAUGGUUCUUUUAAUACUCAGCUCACAUGCUAACAGUUUCUUACAUUAAUAACCUUAAUAACCUUAACCAGGCAGUUAAAAAUCUUAAAUUAAAAUAAAAAAAUAAGUGUAAUCUAACAGCUGACUGUUAGCUAACAUUAGCUCACUGUUAGCUAACAUUAGCUGACUGUUUGUUCAUGUUAGCUGAUGUUGGUCAGCUAACAUGACAUGACUAUUAGCUAACGUCAGCUGACUGUUCAUGUUAGCUGAUGUUGGUUAGCUAACAUGACAUGACUAUUAGCUAACGUCAGCUGACUGUUAGCUCCUGACAGGAAACCAGAAUACAACGCUCCACUGGUUCAUUAUGGCACAAGUAUGGAUGGUACAUGCCGGCUGGCUAAGCUAGCUUCAUUUGUCAUAAAUAAAUGUGAUUCAGUCUCUGCUGUCGACUGUAGCAACGUGAAUAUUUAGUCUAUGAAUCAAAUCGUCCAGCAUGUUAACAUUUUUUUUUACAUUCGGGGUUAGCUAGUUUUAAAUUCCAUUAUUUUCUCAUCAGUAACAUUUAUAUGAUGAAUUAAUUUUCUUACCAAAGCAAAGUGUUUUUUGUGAUAACCUGAUCAUUUUUUAGAAGUGAAACAUUUUCUUUCUAGUUUUUUGCACCAAAGAAGCUGUUUGAAGGUGCAGAACAGUGUUUUUAUUUCCUCCCUGUCGGUUCAUCGAGUGAAGAAGAUUCAGAGUUUGUGCAAUAAUCAAUAAAUGUGGAAAAAAAAAUGUGCAAAAAUGAUGAAAUCAGUGUCGAGUUCCAGAAAGAGAAUAAAAGCUUUCGUCAACGUG